AUGUUUUGCUUCCAGUUAGCUGAACACCUUGGCUCCUGUGAGCUUGUGCGUAAUUUCCUGCAAGCUGAUAAAUUAUUCGUAGCUGAUGGGUCUUUGGGUCAGAUCUUCUUAGCGGAGACUGAUGGAGACUCGUUCCUUGAUUCGACUUUUACUCCUCUCAAUCUCACCGUCAACUAUUCACCGAUAGGCAUCGAUUAUGACUAUCGAUUUGAUAUGAUAUACUGGAGUGAUCAAACCAACGGUACCAUACAUCGAUCAACCUCCGACGGGUCGUUUGAUGAAGUGAUAGCGAAUGACAUCAGUGUUCCUCAUGGCAUCGCUCUUGAUCUGGAAGAGAAUAAAGUGUUUUGGUUAUCUGCCGGUAACGGUUCUCUCUAUCGGUCAGAUCUGAACGGUUCUAAUCUCCAGAUUCUACCUUCUGUAUAUACCAUCCCACGUGGCAUCACUAUCUCCUACAACAGAAGAAAGCUCUACAUUACCACACGUGGUUCUCCAGCUAUAAGAAGCGUAAAUACAGAUGGUACUGAUGAUGCCAUUCUUAUCGAUACGGACAUUGUAUCACCAGGCGGUAUUGCAUUCGAUUUCACAGAGCAACGUUUAUACUGGACUGAUGAUUCUUUGGAUAAAAUCGAGUUUGUUAAUCCAGAUGAUACCAGCGACCGGACGAUUGUUAUUUCCAUUACUCCAGGAUCGGGGCUUGAUCUGUUUCCAUACGGCCUUGCCCUUCAUUACAACGACAUCUACUUCAGUGACGUCACACAUAGCGUUAUUGUAUACUCUGAUUCCACCACAGGGACUGUUGAUGUGUUGACUUUUGCAUUUUCUUUGCCGGCUGAGAUUCACAUUUUUAUGGAUGUAUGUGCAAACCGUUGUCUUAAUAAUGGGAGCUGUGUGAGAUCCUUAACAUCUGUGAAAUGUGAGUGCCCAUUUGGAUACCUUGGUCAACGUUGUGAAUUAGAUGUAUGCACUGGGAGAUGCGUGAACGGUGGGACAUGUGUCCCUUUUGAGAGAGGCUCUAUCUGCAUUUGUCCCGAUGGCUUCAGUGGAUCAAAGUGUGAUUCUAGAUCGAAGUAUGCACCCCUCAUUUUCAUCUGUGACGAGGAAGCCGGAGCCAUCUUAGAGGGCAGUGCAGAUACCUUGGAGUUUAGUCCUUUGCCGAUCCCCAAUGGACACAGACCUGUAGCAGUGGGGUAUAGCCCUAAGGAAGACUUCAUCUUCUGGGUGGAUGCUCGAAACGGCACACUUAAUCGAGCAUUCCGAAACGGAUCUGAUCACGUUGUACUUGGGGAUGCAUUUUCGGAUAUUACCGAUCUUACGAUCCAUCAACAUUCUCAAAUACUUGGAUACAUCGUAACACAGACCAAUUUAAUACUCCAGCAAGGCUUCGGUGUAGCUUCUACUAGUAAGACUAUCUACAAUGGAGUUAGCCAUGUUACCGAUCUGGCGUCUGUGUGCUUUCAUCCGAAUACAGACUUGUAUGCAUUGGACAAUGGACCUGCACCAGCAAUAUUGAGGAUCACAGACAAUUUCACUUCUAUAGAGAGAAUCAGUAAAUCGUCUGCAAUGAAUCUAUCGACCAUGACAUUCGACCGGCAUGGAUCCCAUCUCUUCACGGUGGAUGUGGUCAAAGGUACCCUUGAGACCUGCGACCCGAUCGGAGAAGACCAAGAUGUUCUCUUAACCUACCAGGAUACACAGCCAGUUGACAUAGAAUGGUACCGAGGUUCGCCAUUCUGGACGGAUGCAGGCUCGUACAAGGGUAUCGGAUUCAUGGCGCAGAGAGGAGGCCCAUCCACAGGGGUUACCAACUUACAACAGUUCCAGAGAGGAGCAGGGGUAUAUGUUUACCAUGGCAUUGCCUAUGAACGUCUGGGAGGGGAAGAUUGCCUGGAAGAUGAAUUCCCAUGUAACGAUACGCUCUGCAUACCAAUAUCAUGGAGAUGUGAUGGCCUUGUUGACUGUGAGGGCGAGAUGGAUGAAAUAGACUGCUAUUCUGAGCCUGAUUCCAUAGUGUUUGUGAGCGAUCUAGACACCGGUGCAAUAUUCAUGGCAACGACUACAAACCUCAGCUUUACAAAACUACCCCUAAUUAAUCUACAAACGCCAACAGCCGUUGAUUAUGACCCGGUCGAUGGUGUGAUUUAUUGGGCCGAUAGUCGGGAUGGUUCGAUAAGCUCUGCCUACCUCGAUGGGACGAAUCAACAGAAAAUUGUAACAGAGUUAGGAACACCUGAUGGACUUUUCUUUGAUGUUGAAACCAAGAUGAUAUACUGGACCGAUGUCGGUCUUAGCAACUUGGGGUCGAUGCAUUCCAAUGGUACUGGUAGGAGAGAGCUUCUUACUAACCUCGAUAAACCGAGGGCGAUAAUCAUCGUAUCAAUCAACAGAAUGAUUUACUGGACAGAUUGGGGUGACAUUCCUAAAAUCGAACUGUGCGACCUCAACGGCGAGAAUCGGCAAGUCGUUAUCGGCAAUGAGCUUGGAUGGCCUAAUGGACUUAGCUAUGAUAGAAUAGAUUCACGCCUCUUGUGGUGUGACGCCCUCCUUGAUAAGAUCGAAUCAUCUGACCUUUACGGGAAUGACCGGAAACUGCUCCUAGAUAAUUCCCAUGGUGUUCUACAUCCAUUUGAUAUUAUCUUCCACCAUGGGGUCGUCAUGUGGACAGAUUGGAACUGUGAUUGCAUUGGUGUCCGUGAGGAGUCUCCCCAAGCAUGGCCGAAGACAUAUCUUCUACCAGGGGGACCCUUUACACGGCCAGGGGGCUUCCACGUCUUUGAAGGUAUGCGUGAAUUUGUAAAGACCUUCUGA